UUUUUGCCCUCUGGCGUCUGGACGCCGUUGGUUGGAGCGCUCGGGAUCCCCUGCGACAAAGAGACCUCCCUUAAUCGUAGCCCGCCUAUACCACAUGGCUAGGACUAGCUGGAGAUCAGUAGGGGUCCUAUGUACAUAAGGAUCGCACGUCCCAUCGGCUUCAAUUCUGUCCCCCCCUCUGGCUUUUAUCGACAUCAAGUCCUUCCAAGGGUUACAGGCCUCCCUUGCUUCCAAUCUAUUGCUUGCAGUUUUCCUCGCGCAUAGACAGCGGAUCGCCAAUACGUUCCCUUCCGACAUUCGCUUUACUUAGGUACAAUUCCAACUACAAGUCGAUCGUCAAAGCUCCCGGACAACCAUACCCUCUCGUUCUCUAAUCAUGGCCGACGACGCUGCCACCGCCGCGCCUGCUGCGGCGUUCGCCCAGAAGACUUCGGGCGGUAAUAACGCAUACCACAACUUCCACAAUGACUUCGUACACAUUCAAGAUCCUAACGAGCGCCGUCGACUUGCGCUCGCCGAGAUUGACAAGGCUCCCUUCGGAUGGUACCACGUUAGAGCUUGUAUUGUUGCUGGUAUUGGUUUCUUCACGGAUUCGUACGAUAUCUUCGCCGUCAGUUUGUUGAACACCAUGUUGGGAAUUGUCUACUACCCGGGCAAGGGUUCAUUGCCCACCUCUUCCGACAACGCCAUCAAGUUGUCGACUUCCGCCGGUACAGUCAUUGGACAGUUGGUUUUCGGUUACCUUGCAGAUCACGUUGGACGAAAGCGUAUGUACGGUCUUGAGUUGAUUAUUAUCAUCUUCGCAACCCUUGGUCAGGCUCUUAGCUCCGGUUCUCCCUCCGUCAACAUCAUCGGUCUCAUCAUCUUCUGGCGUGUCCUUCUCGGUGUCGGUAUUGGUGGAGACUACCCUCUAUCCAGUAUCAUCACUUCCGAGUUCGCGACUACCAAGUGGAGAGGAGCCAUGAUGGGUGCCGUCUUUGCCAUGCAGGGUAUCGGUCAGUUGGUUUGCGCCUUCGUCAUGCUGUUCGUUACUCUCGGCUUUAAGGAGGCUCUUGAGGCAUCGCCCAAGACUUCUGACUGCACAGGCUACUGCACAGUUGCGGUCGACAAGAUGUGGAGGACUUUGAUUGGUUUCGGCGCUGUUCCGGCUUGCAUCGCCCUCUACUACCGAUUGACUAUUCCUGAGACUCCUCGUUACACCUUCGAUAUCGGCCGCGAUGUUGAGAAGGCCGCCGACGAUGUCAAGGCCUACAUGUCUGGAAAGGCCGAGGGUCAGCCUGACGAUGUUGCCCGCAUCCAGGCCCGCGAGGCUGCUCAAACCCAGAUGACUGUUCCCAAGGCCAGCUGGAGCGAUUUCAUCCGCCAUUACUCCAUCCCCAAGAACGGCCUGCUCCUAUUCGGCACUGCUGGCUCAUGGUUCUGCCUUGACGUUGCCUUUUACGGUCUGUCCCUUAACAACGCUACCAUCCUGAACGUCAUUGGCUACUCUACCAGUGGUGCCAAGAGCACCUACGAGGUCCUCUACAACACUGCUAUUGGUAACCUUAUUAUCGUCUUGGCUGGUGCCGUGCCCGGAUACUGGGUAUCGGUUGCCACUCUCGACACCCUAGGCCGGAAGACCAUCCAGAUGGGUGGCUUUAUCAUCCUAACCAUUCUUUUCAUCGUCAUGGGUUUUGCGUACAACCAUAUUUCCAGCAACGGAUUAUUGGCUAUCUACGUGAUUGCUCAAUUCUUCUUCAACUUCGGUCCUAACAUGACCACUUUCAUUGUUCCCGGCGAGGUAUUCCCGACCCGUUACCGAUCGACCUCACACGGUAUCUCCGCCGCCUCCGGCAAGAUCGGCUCCAUCAUCGGCCAGGGUGCCAUCUCCACCCUACGAACGCGGGGUGCCACCCCGAAUAAUCCCAGCCCCUGGAUGGACCACGUGCUCGAAAUCUACGCUCUGUUCAUGUUGCUCGGCUGCUUCACCACCCUCUGCAUCCCCGAGACCAAGCGCAAGACCCUCGAAGAGCUUUCCGGCGAGGACCAGCCCGCCCCUCUUCCGGCACCGUCCGAUAGCAGCAACGGCAAGAACACGGCCGAGUCUCUAUGAAUUUUUUGCGUCUACCCUCUUCUUGGAUAAUAAUUUUACAAUCUUGUUUGGAAAAAAAGUUUGGUGUAUGCGAGGAACGUGUGACGAAGGUCCAAGAACUUUUGCCCGGUGGUCUUUUACUAAAGAGUUAUGUGGUUACCUACUAGCGCGGCGGCCUUGAUUCGGUAUGCGACUCGACACUGACUGAUACGAACAUCCGGUUCUUGUGUUUUUUUUUGUAUCAUAUAGAGAUAAUAUAUACCCUGUUCAAUCG